AUGGCCUUCUUUCUCCUGCUGCAGCGGCCACUGGGGGGGCCUCUGAGGACCCUGCUCUUGGCUGCCCAGUUAGCCUGGGCGGGGGUCAGUGCUGCUCUGGGCCGGCUCCAGGAACAUGUGGGGCCGGUGGUCCUGGUGGGCAUGGAUAGGCUGGGGCUGGUGGUCCCUCGAUGGCUGCUGUACCCCCGGGGCCCCCAGGCUCGUCCCUGUCACCAGGCAGCGCAGAUGUUUGGGCUCGUCUGGGCCAGGUCGCCCCUGAGGUUCACCUCUUCCAUAGGAGGCUGUGGGUCAGAGCUCGCCUCUCCCUCGGGGGUGCCACCCGGUGAGCAGGCACUGGGCGGCCGGGGGCUGUGCUUCCCGGCCUGGCCCCGUCUCUGCUGCCAGUACUGGGUGCCGUCCAGCAGUGAUAGCCACACCCCACCUUGGUGGGGAGAGGUGUCCCAUUUGGGGCACAGGUCCUGCCCCGUGGGUGCUGCUGCGUCGUCAGAAGCCUUGUUCCCGGGGGACCUUCCUGCUGCAGUGCUGGCAAACUUGAACAGCACCCCCUCGUCGGGGGCGUCGUCCCCCCCCCAGCUGAGCCCCAUCACCCUGGAGGACCUGGGGCUCCUCUUUGGGGACGGUCCAACCAGCCUCGAGCCCCUGAGCCUGGAGGAGAUCUCAGAGAAGUAUGAGUCUGGCUGCCUGGCACCAGCCGCCCCAGUCCCCGAGCAUGACACCCCCAAGCACUGGAAGCAGCUAGAGCAGUGGCUGGCCGACCUGCAGGCCGAGGUGGCCUGUCUCCGGGGACACAGGGACCACUGUGCCCGUGCCACACUGGGCCUGCUGCAGGAGCUGCUCCAGGUGCGGGCCCGCGUGGAGCUCCAGGAUGCCGAGCUGAAGCAGCUGCAGCAGGACAUGCGACAGGCAGCCCGGGCCCCCGAGAAGGAGGCCUGCGAGCUCGCCGGCACCCCGAGCCAGACCCAGAUGCAAGCCCUGGACAAGAGGCUGGUGGAGAUCCGCGAGGCCCUGGGUCAGAUCCGGAGGAAGCAGGCGCUCCAGGACUCAGAACAUAAGAGCUCGGACCAGGAGCUGACCCUCAGGUUGAGCAAGCUGACUGGGAAGCUGAGGCAAGAGGGCCAGGACUGGAAGGCGGUCUGCAGCACCCUGCAGAAGAACCAGGAGGAGGCCAGCCAGCGGGUGGAGUGCGAGGUGGCCAAGAUGCAGAAGAUGAAGACCGCAGAGGGCGCCCGGCUGCAGGCAGAGGCCGGCCUGUGGGAGGAGCUGGAGAGCCGCUGGCAGAAGCUCCAGGAGCGAAACGAGGAGCACCUGCUGGCACUGCGCGGGCAGCGCGAGGAGGACGAGUCCUACCUCCUGGAGCAGUGUCGGGGCCUGGACCAGGCCGUGAAGCAGCUGACCAAGUUCGUUCGGCAGCACCAGGUGUCCCUGAAUCACAUCUUGCAGGCCCGGGAUGCCAAGGGGCACGUGGAGAAGAGCCAGACCGGGGAGCUGACCACCUACCUGCAGGAGAACCUGGAGGCUGUGCGGCUGGCCGGUGAGCUGGCCCAGCAGGAGGCACACAGUGCACUGGAGCUGCUCCGCGAGAAGAGUCAGACCCUGGAGGCGUCUGCCGCGGAGCUGGCCAGGCAGGUGAAGGACCUGGGUGAGCACUUUGUGGCCCUGAGCUGGAGGCUGGAGCUGCACAAGCAGACGCUGAGCCUGCAGCUGUCCGAGGUGAAGAGUGAGUGGGAAGGUGCAGAGAGGAAGUCUCUGGAAGACUUGGCCCGGUGGCGGCAGGAGGCCGAGGCGUACCUGAGGGAGGUGCGUGAGAAGGUGGACAGCCUCCCCCGGCAGAUAGAAGGUGUCUCUGACAAGUGCAUCGUGCACAAGAGCGACCUGGACCUGAAAAUCACCGCUGAGGGCAAAGCCAGGGAGUUUCAGGUGGAGGCGGUACGGCAGGAGCUGGCUGUCCUGCUGUCAUCCGUGCAGCUGCUCAAGGAGGACCACCCCGGGCGGAAGGUGGCCGAGAUCCAGGGCAAGCUGGCCACGCUCCAGACCCAGAUCAUGAAGUUAGAAAACAGCCUCCAGGACAACAAGACCAUCCAGAACCUCAAGUUUAAUACGGAGACCAAGCUGCGGGUGGAGGAGAUCGCCACGCUGCGGGAGAGCCUGAUGCGGCUGUGGAGUGAGGAGGGCCCGUGGGCACUGAGGCCGGGCAGCCGCAGGGUGCUCAUGUCCCUAGUGCGCCAGCGCUUCUUCGUCAAGGACGCCGCCCCCACCGGCGAGGUGGCCUCCGUGAACCAAUGGGGCGUGUACCAGGCCGCCAGGUGGCUGCAGUGGAAGGCGGUGCUCAUGAGCCUGGUGCCCCCGCGGAGGCCGCGCGCAGCCCCCGAGAAGUCCUGCGGGCCCGAGCCCACCCCAGGGGGAGGGGGCAAGAGGCCAGCUGGUGGUGGUGACCAAGGCCUUCCCAGCGGCCCAGCCCCAGGGACUCCGGAGGCCGGUGGGGCCCCGCCUGGGGGCCUCCCGGGGCGAGCUGAGGAGCCCAGUCUUCUGACCCCCAAAGCCCACGGUCCUGACCGAUCCCCAGCCAGGCACCCCGCGGUGGGCCAGGCCGGCUCAGUCUCGGUGGUUCUGGAUGACAACGGUCGCAGCCCGGAAGGGACGCAGUGUGCACACCCCCUGCGCCACAGCCUCCCAAGGGCUGCAGCCCCUGCUGGGUCCCCUUCCUGUGGGCAGAGCUCCGAGGGACCAGGGUGGGGAUGGAAGGUGGCCACCAGCUCCUGCCACAUUCUCGGCCUUCAGGGCCCAGGAUGA